AUUGGCUAUCCGCAUGGCCAUCUGGGGUUCCUCAGCGGGGAGGAGGAAGAGGCGCUGCGCAGCUUCAAGGUCUUUUUGGAGGAAAAGGGCUACUUCAAGUCGUCGCCGCCUUCGCACGACGACCAGACCCUCCUACGCUUCCUCCGCGCGCGGAAAUGGGCCAUCCACGAUGCCUUCCAGCAGUUCAAAGACACCGAGGACUGGCGGGAACGCAACCAGCUCGACGUCCUGUACGACACGAUAGACUUGGAGGCAUACGAGCAGGCUAGGGGACUGUAUCCCCAAUGGACCGGACGGAGAGAUAAGAGAGGCAUCCCACUCUACGUGUUUGAGAUCCGCCAUCUCGAGUCCAAGACCAUCGCAGCCUACGAGAAGAGCGCGGCCGACGCGAGAGACAGCAAAGCCGAGACGGACGGGUCAACGCCAACCAAGCUGCUGCGGCUGUUUGCGCUCUACGAGAACCUGACGCGCUUCGUGCAGCCCAUGUGCACGCAGCUGCCGGACCGCGACAGCGCGGGCGCGCCCAUCACGCUGAGCACAAACAUUGUCGACGUCACGGGGGUGUCGCUGCGCAUGUUCUGGAACCUCAAAAACCACAUGCAGGCCGCCUCGCAGCUGGCCACGGCGCACUACCCGGAGACCCUCGACCGUAUCUUCAUCAUCGGCGCCCCCUACUUUUUCAGCACCGUGUGGGGCUGGAUCAAGCGCUGGUUCGACCCCGUCACCGUGUCCAAGAUUUUCAUCCUGUCGGCGAGCGAGGUGCUGCCGACGCUCCAGUCGUUCAUCGACAUCAAGAACAUCCCCAAGCAGUACGGCGGCGAGCUCGAGUUCGACUACCCCGGCCGCCCCAACCUCGACCCUUUCCUCCUCGACCGCGCCACGUGGGCCAACGGCCACACGGCCUUCCCCGUGGGCCCCAUGUACUGGCUCCCCGUCGAGGGCGGCAAGGAAGUAGAGUGCAUUGCCGUCGGGCGCAAGGACAACGUCGAGCGCCGCGAGCGCGUCUGCACCCUCCCCGUCGUGUACCCG